CGAAAAUAACACUAUCUUAAGUAAACACGCGAGUCGCGCUAUCCGCUUCUGGCAAUAAAAUACUUCCGAGCCCUCCUCGCAGCACAAUGAUCAGCACGAACCACCUCGUGCGGAGAUCAAAAUCAUUCACAUGAUUUGGAUCGGCAACUACCACCCCCUCCGCGUGCUGCCGCGGUGGCCGGAGCAGCCGCGCUGCCUACUUAUUCCUGCGCCCCAUCCCUGCUGCUACCACACCGCAACCACUGACGGCGUACAUCGCUUGCAGCAACAAUGGAGCUCAGCCUCGUACCACUCGCGGCCCUAUGCUUCCUGCUCGCCACCGUCGUCGCCGCUCCGGUGGCGGCAACGGAGCUUGAGGUGGAGAUCGGGACGGCGGAGGUACAGUCUUCCUACAUCGUGCACGUCGGGGCCGCGCACGCCCCACGUCUGCCGCGCAGAGGCCUACUGACCUCCCGUGCGUACGGCUCGUUCCUGCGCGACCACAUCCCCGUCGAGAUGUCCAGCCCUGCGCCGAGGGUGCUCUACUCCUACUCUCACGCCGCCACGGGCUUCGCGGCGCGCCUCACGGGCCGCCAGGCCGCGCGCCUCGCGUCCUCGGGCUCCGUGCUCGCCGUCGUGCCCGACGUGAUGCAGGAGCUGCACACCACCCUCACGCCGUCCUUCCUCGGCCUCUCGCCGUCCUCCGGGCUGCUCCCGGCGUCCAACGGCGCCACCGACGUCGUCAUCGGGGUCAUCGACACCGGCGUGUACCCGGAAGGCCGCGCGUCCUUCGCGGCCGACCCGUCGCUGCCGCCGUUGCCGCCCGGCAAGUUCCGCGGCGGGUGCGUCUCGGGUCCGGCGUUCAACGGCUCCGCGCUCUGCAACAACAAACUCGUCGGCGCCAAGUUCUUCCACAAGGGUCAGGAGGCUGCACUCGGCCGUCCGCUCGGUGAGGACUCGGAGUCGCCGCUCGACACCAACGGGCAUGGCACCCACACCUCCUCCACCGCCGGCGGCUCUCCUGUUGCCGACGCGGCCUUCUACGACUAUGCCAGAGGAAAAGCCGUCGGCAUGGCCCCGGGCGCGCGCAUUGCCGUCUACAAAGUGUGCUGGAAAGGGUGCGCGAGCUCUGACAUCCUCGCCGCGUUUGAUGAGGCCAUCGCGGACGGUGUCGACGUUAUCUCCGUCUCGCUCGGCGCUGUCGGCAAGGCCCCGGAAUUUUAUGGCGAUACGACCGCCCUGGGCGCGUUCCGCGCCGUCAGCAAGGGCAUCGUCGUCUCCGCUUCCGCGGGAAACUCCGGACCCCGAGAGUCCACCGCCGUCAACGUCGCGCCAUGGUUCUUGACGGUCGGCGCGUCCACCCUCAACCGCCAGUUCCCGGCCGACGUCGUUCUCGGCAACGGCGAGACCUUCACGGGUACUUCUCUCUACGCGGGCCAGCCACUGGGCUCGACCAAGAUACCACUGGUCCUCGGCGCGGAUGUGGGCUCGAAUGUGUGCCAAGUCGGGAAGCUGAACGCGACCAUGGUGGCCGGGAAGAUCGUCUUGUGCGACCCCAGCGUGGUCGGCCGGGCUGCGAAAGGACACGCCGUCAAGCUCGCCGGUGGUGCCGGAGCAAUCCUCAUUAGCGACGUAGUGUACGGUGAGCAGGCCAUCACCACGCCCCAUGUCCUCCCCGCCACGGGCGUCCCAUUCGCCGCCGGCGAGAAGAUCAAGAUGUACAUCAGGGCGCAGGCAUCGCCUACCGCGACGAUCGUGUUCCGGGGCACCGUGGUCGGCCCGACGCCUCCUUCCCCUAGAAUGGCGUCCUUCUCGAGCCGCGGCCCGAACACCCGCGCGGCGGAGAUCUUCAAGCCGGACGUGACCGCGCCCGGCGUGGACAUCCUCGCCGCUUGGACAGGCGCCAACUCACCCACGGAGCUCCCCAGCGACACGAGGCGAGUGCAGUACAACAUCAUAUCGGGCACGUCCAUGUCGUGCCCGCACGUGAGCGGCAUCGCCGCGCUGCUCCGACAGAGGAGGCCGGAGUGGAGCCCCGCCAUGAUCAAGUCCGCCCUGAUGACAACCGCGUACAACGUGGACAACGCCGGCAGCGUCAUCGGUGACAUGUCCACCGGCGACGCGUCCACGCCGUUCGCGCGCGGGGCCGGACACAUCGACCCCAACAGCGCCGCCGACCCGGGGCUCGUGUACGACGCCGGCACGGAGGACUACAUCACCUUCCUGUGCGCGCUGGGCUACACGGCCGAGCAGGUCGCCGUGUUCGGCUCCUCCGCCAACUGCUCGACGCGUGCGGGCUCCGCCGUGGGCGACCACAACUACCCGGCCUUCUCGGUGGUGUUCACCUCAAACAAACUGGCGGUCGUCCAGCAGCGCCGCGUUGUGCGCAACGUCGGCGGCGACGCCAGGGCUACGUACAGGGCCAAGGUCACUGCCCCGGACGGCGUGCUCGUCACCGUGAGCCCCCGGACGCUGAGGUUCACCGCGACGCAGAAGACGCGAGAGUACGUGGUCACCUUUGCACAGCGAAUCUUUGGGAGCGUCAAGGGGAAUCACACGUUUGGGUCGAUCGAGUGGAGCGACCGCAAGCACACGGUGACGAGCCCCAUCGCCAUCACCUGGCCAGAGAGCAAGGUUGCGGACAUGUGAAUGUGAUCGGUGUGGGUGGGUCCUGGUAGUAUAUUUUUUUUAUUUUUUUUGCGAAGUAGUACCUAAUAGUACGUGCGAGAGUUUACCUCAUUUGUUGUAAAUUUCAGUUCCCUUGGUUGGAUAAAAGGCCUUGCUUUAUUUGAUUUCGUUCAAA